AUGUCCAACAAAACUGCUAAAUUGCAAAUUAUUGGCUUAUUUAUUGCCUAUAUAAUUCUUAUAGUCAUCUACAAGGAUGGUGAUAUGAGUGAUUUUGAAGAUUUUCAAACUCGUUCUAUUAAAUUAGGAUAUAAUUUUGAAGAACAUUUUGUUGAAACCGAAGAUGGUUUCAUCAUAAGCAUUCACAGAGUUAGAGCUAAAAAUAAUUCUGAGUUAGAAACCUCUCAGAACUUUAAUAAUAAUGAAACAAGCAUUAAUAUGGAGACUUUAUAAUAAUUAUAGAAGAAAAACCCAAUUUUAAUGGGACAUGGACUAGGUGGUAGCUCAGAUACAUUUAACAGAAAUGUAGAAGAAAAAAGUUUAGCUUACUUCUUAGCUAGAAGUGGCUAUGAUAUUUUUAUCAUGAAUUCCAGAGGAAAUAAAUAUUCAUAUCAACACAAGAUUUAUUCUAUAGAAUAAAGUGAAUAUUGGGACUUCAGCUUUUAAGAUAUGGCUAAAUACGAUGUUCCUGCUGUUGCCAAUUAUAUUUUAAAUAAAAUAUAUAAUUAAUAAGCAUAAAAUUAAUAAUAAACUAUAGAAUAAAAUGAAUAAAUUAAAUUAAACUACAUAGGACAUUCAUAAGGUUGUACUAUUAUCUUAGCUGCUUUAUCUGAUAAGUCUGUACCUAGUAGUUACUUCGAAAAUGUUGUAUUAAUGACACCUGCUGCUCUUAUCUUACAUGGUACAUCUCCUGUCUCUGAUUUUAUCUAAAAAGUAGACGUUCUAAGCUUUUUCUAGUAAGCUGGUUUACACAAAUUCCUAUAGAUGAAUGCAUUUAAUUAUUAUUUAUGCAGAGCUAUCCCCUACAUCUGUGAAUUCUCCGUAGGAAUCACAACUGAUAACUUCGAAUCUCCAAUUAAUCAUGAUUUAUUCUAUAAAUUAAUGUACCACUAUCCUGCAGGAACAAGCACAAAAGCUUAUAUUCACUUUAAUUAAUUAAUGAAAUCUAAAAAAUUCUAAAAAUUUGAUUAUGGUGCUGAAAAGAACUUUGCUAUGUACAACUCUACAUAAGUUCCAGAAUACGCUUUAAGCAAUAUUAAUAAUAAAAUCCACAUUCUUGCAGGAACUCAAGAUAUUAUUACACCCUUAGAAGAUAUCUACUAUUUAAAAGAAUAAUUAGUAAAUGCAUAAAAUGUCACUAUAACACUUUUUAAUGAAGGCCACUGCUCAUUUAUUAUUGGAAAAGAAAAUGAAUUCUUAAAUUUCAUCCCUUAAAUAUUAGUUUGA